UGAGGCCCGGGAGACACCCGUCAGUCCAUUUUAGGUUUUAAUAAGACUCUGAACUGUGAAGGGCCUGAAGGCCGAAGCCCGAAGGGAAAAGAGAAAAAAAGAAAAAGACGGAGAAAAUAAGAAAACGAAAAAGGAAAAAGAAAGAAAAGGAGCCAUUAAAACGUCGGAGGAAGGAAAGAGGGAGGAGAGAAGAAAUGACGAAAGCCGGGACUGAGAAAAAAAGAGCCCGACGAUUCACAGCAGUUGCAAACGGCACCAGAGAUGGAAGCGGCGAUGCUCCAACUAGGAAGCAAGGUGCCAAGAAGGAUGCGUUUCAAUUGUUUGCUGAUAAGGUGAGGGACCAUAAGGAUUUGGAAUCUAGAUGGGCUGUUUUACAGGAGACACGGGUUGAAUAUUUCAGAGGAAAGGAUUUUGUUAGCUUUCUGAGAAAUCAUCCAGAGCUCAAGGAAGUACUGGAAUCUGAUAAGAAUUUAGAAGCAGAAGAUAUUGCUAAUAUUUUGUUAAGGAAGAACCUUUUAGUCCGAUGUGAUCGUGUGGUCAAAACUGUUCGGCCUGGGAAGAAGAAGUUAUCUACUUGGCCUGCACAUUUAGAGAUCUAUUCUGAUCAAGUGUUCUCCGAAAAUGAUGCCUUUUUUGCAUGGACAUUUGCAAAACGAAGGCCACUUUGGCAGACAAUUCUCUCAUUCCUUUGGCCUGUGUUGACACUGGCAAUUUGCUUGUUCCCUGUGUUUCCCCAUCAAUGCAAAUUGCUAAUACUCUACUCCUGUGCUGGGGUCCUUUUUCUUAUACUCUCCCUGCUUUUUUUGAGAUGUGUUGUAUUUGGUGCUAUAUGGAUCAUUCUUGGGAAGCGUGUAUGGCUUUUCCCCAAUAUACUUGCAGAGGAAGCAACAUUGAAAGAACUAUUCCAGUUUUGGCCCAAUAAAGAUGAAGAAGAACAGCCUAAGUGGACGGCAAGGCUUUUCUAUGCAAUAGUAGCUGUGCUGGUCAUAUUACUACUCAGGCACCACGCACCUGAUGAGGCUGCUAGAGCCAGAUAUCAGAAGCGGGUUUCAAACAUAAUUGAUGAUGUUCUGGAGUGGUCACCAAGACUAGCUUUGUCAGGAAUGAUGGAGAAGCAACAGACUGUGGUUAAUGUAACAGAGGCCAACAGUCAUCCCAGUGAAGGGAGCACGGCAAGUAAAGAGGAGGCAGCUCCACCUGAUGGCAUGCAAGAAGAAACCAGCUCAUACCAACCUGAUGUUGAAGUUGAUGAAAAUGAGGGUGUUGAUGAUCAUCAUCAUGAUAAUUAAUAGCUUCUUUUUUUCCCUUUUUGUUUCUUCCCAAUCUAUUUCUAGAGCGUAUAAAACUGUGUAAUAGGGCCAUGAGCAUUUGGAGUUAAAAAAAAUUGUGUUUCUUUUCCCUAACAAAGCAGUUGAUCUCAAUCCUUGUCCUUUA